UUGCGGCCGCUCCUCUCGCUCUCCACUCUUUCACCUGCAGCCAUACAACUGAACUCGAGCUGAGAUUCCUCCUCUUGUUGAAACUCGUCUCCGUCCCCAGAGACAUAUUCUUUCUCGACUCUAUCCCUUCCCUUGUGUCCACUGUUUUCGUUGUGCAUGUCUUGAGCCUUAGUCUUUUUGCAGGACACUUCCUGGCCCUCCCCUCCAUCCGUUCGCCGGCCUACCUGUCGCGUCUCCCUUUCCUCACCCGCGUCUAUUCGGGAAAUAACACCCCCCUUGCAUUCACAAGCCUUCUAGAGCCUCCUCGACACUCGACAAGCCCGCUGCUCACUCUCUCGGAAUCCCUGCAACUGAUGGUCAACCCGCCAUGAGGAGGUACCGUCCCAACGGCAACCAGAACAUCUGGGCUGCGUCGCCUAGCGGGCAUACGGCCUUUCAAACAUAAUGGAACACAACCAAGAGCACGUUGCCACGCUAUGUGCUGUUGGUACUGUCGGUAUUGCAGCUGCUGGCCUGGCUCUGGGCAUGAGUGAUGGAGAAUCAUAUCUCAUAAAGCCGGGCAAGAGGAAGGCUCCUGGCUCGAGUGCUGCUCCACGGUCACCAAUCUCUCCCGAAAUUCCAUAUCCCCCACGUCCACAGACAAGCCAGCCUUCUCAAACUCCUCCUGCGCUGUCCGAACGAAUUGAACGUCGGUUGUCAGCAUCCCUACUACGAAGAAAAACCUUUCAUGCCAAUGCCCCGUCCGCCACCGAAAGUACGGGAGCAAACUCUCGUGAGAGUUCAGUCAGCAGACAUGGGAUACUUAGACCUUGGACGUCAGACAGAGAUUCUUCUACAGAGCGAAAGGAUGGCAGAUCGGGUUCAUCAUGGCUGAGACGAAUAUCGAGCAUGUCACGCGGGAAGCCUGGCAGCCCUGCCUCUUCUUCUUCACGGCUAGACGAGUCCCCACAGGCUUCACGACCUUCCUUCAAUGACCUCGACCAACCUAACAAACUGGUCAAACGUUCGUCAUCCAGACGAAUGUUACAUUCCGAUCGUGAAACUCCUCCUGCCUUGCUAAGGCGGCCCGCUACCAGUCACCAAAGGUCUGCCACUUUAUCCGGACCACCGUACACUCGACCGCUGACCACGGAAUCCGUACUGGAGGCGGAAUCAUCGAGAUACGUAUCUCAAGCACCAGCAUGGAGACCUUUCUUUGACUCUGGGUACGCACGAAAGAGAUACUCCUCAGGCGGACAACGGGAGUCGUACGUCCGGACUGUCUCGGCGCCUCAACACCCUCCUACCCUUCUGAUGGGUAACUCUGUAACACCUCGAGAGACUGAAGACCUCGAAGAUGAUCGACCAGUACCCUUCUCGGAUCCCGUCGUGCCAUCCGGCACACGACGGCAUAAAAUGCGUCGCCCGCUGGCUUCGAUGAGGCGGGGGUUAUCACAGAGGCAUUUUACUGAUCCAAUAGUUCGAGUCAGCAAGCAUGAAGCCUAUGGGAGUAUUGUCCCGCCGUCAGGGUUUCCUGGCUUGUCCCCCGCGUCUAACAUUUCUGGCUUUGAAGUCGAGUUGCCCGUUGGCACCCCACAGUUCACUUCUAGUCCUCCUUCUUACGGACCUUCACAGCACCGCUUUAGCGUCCCCAAAAGAAUGUCUGUUGCUCCCUCGGACCCGACGACAGCAAGCUCUGACAAUGACACCCGGGUCUUCACGGAUGAUGACUCUAUGGACUUUCACAGCGACACUGCCUACGAUUCAUUGGCCACUCGAGCUACAGCAAGCAGCCACUCUGGUUUUCGUCAACCCAAAAUCGAGACGAUAUUUGACGAGAUGCCGGUGGAUCGACAGCCAGACCAGACUGCUGGCAUUGAGUAUCUGAUGCAGAAAGCUACAUUGGAGGAGUUGCCCUCGAAUCCGAGGGAAGGAAUGGAGCACAACAAGAACCUAGGCAUAGGUAUUUCAGGAAUCCACGGUCAUGAGACGACGAAAGGCGUCACCCCGGACCAGGCAUCCACUCCGGUAAAGGAUCCCUUGGCUGAGACGGAGGAUUCUGUUUCAACACCAGUACCCAAAAAGUCAAAGCGAAACGGCCCCAUUUUGAAUUCGUCCCCUCCCUCAAUAGGCUCUUUUCCUCGCGCUCGUCAUGAGGAGCCAGAAUUGCCUCAAAUGAUGGAUGUCGACGAAGAGGAUAUCGAGUGGUCACCGAAAUCUGAUGAUAACAAGCUUGAACUAAGAAGCUCUCUGCUCUCGGGCCAGCUGCAGGUUUGUUUUGAUCAAGCACUCGACCAUGACUUCGAUGAGCAACAAUCAACCAAACGAUCAUCAAUCUUCGACUGGUCUGAGCACCAAAAGCUAGGAAGUGACCAAUCUGAUGGGGUUAGUCCGAGACCGAAGACUGUACAUGGCAAGCAUGGCAACAACCUUGCUCGUAGUCGGGCUUCUGGACGGAAAAGUAAUGCAGCCAUGCACCUUCGAAGUCAAAGUGUUCCAGUCAACCGAGACAGUCUGACUGAGGCUGAUCUACCAUCGUCUGCUUCCAAAUUUGGUACCUGGGCUCUCGGAAAUAAGCCUGUCAGCGAAGAAUGGAGUGACGACUUCGAAUUCGACGACGGAGAGGAAACCCAAGAGAUUGUCGAGGCCCCUAGCGAUGACAGAGCGAAGAAUCGAGAGUCUCUUCGCAGCAGUGUCCGGGUUCCCCAGUCGAUCAUGGACCGUCAGCAGAGCGUGCACAUCCAAUUUGGUCAGGUCAGAGAAUUCAUGCUCCUGGUGGAAGAAUUGAAGAGAUUGCGAGUUAGAGGCAUCGAUCUAGGUCUGGUCAGGAGCCAUUCGAGACAACUAUGGGAAGAUGCAGUGAGUAUCAUCGACUUGGCAACGCUGAACGAGGAUGAAGAUAAUGCACCACGACCGUCUUCCCCAGUGUCAUCAGAUAUUUUUGGGGACGAGACUCCACCUCAGAAACGCGUGGAGGACGAGGGUGGGAAGAUAGAACUGGGACGAACAAUUAAUCGACGUUCAAUCUCCAGUCCUGGCACACCUCCCUAUGGACGACCUCGUGGUGAGAGUUUGCAGACUAAGAACUUCCUGCAGACCAUUCACCAAAGUCGGAACGGAAUUGAAUCCUCACCAGCACAACAAAGUCGGGAGAAGUUGCCAUUCGACACGCAAGAUCUGAAAGAUCUCGUGGUAAGAGCUGGAGUCAUCACCCGUGCAUUGAAAGAGAUUGUUCGAAAAGCCGAAGGAGUGUCUGUCAGCCCCGAAAAGCCGGCUCUAAAAUUCCAAGAUCCGAUGUUUCGUCAGAUUUUUGAUCCUCCCGAUGCAUCACCCAGUCCAGGUUUCAAAAAACCUAGUCUACCAAAGAGUAGAAGUGCCAACAGCUAUCUUGACGGAGCCGGCAGCGCCCCUGAUCACGAACUUUCCUCACCUCUAAGUUUUACCAAAGUUGUGGAGGCCAACUGAAGGCGAUUUCUCCCUUUUUUUUCCUUGUGCAGCAUUGUACAGUAUGACGGAACGGCGUUUAUGAAACAAAAGCCCUCGGGAAUGAUCGAGAGCGAUGCCUCGGAAGGCGUUACUCCAUUUGCAGCAUUUUCUUGCGGCUUGGGCAUUGGCGGACCUUGGAAAAGAGUACCAAAAGGAAGAGAAAUUGGGCCUUGUAAUAGUCGAAACGAGUCCAAUGACCUGGCAUGGCAUUUGUCGAUGUUUUGACGAUUCGCAUGGAGGAGUUCGAAGGUGGGAAAAUUGGGCUUUCCAGCGCGAAAGCAGAUGUUGGGAGGAUCGCCUGUCUUCAUUUUCUCUUUCCGUACACGAGAUUCAAGAUACGGCCCUGCACACAAAGCGAAAGCAACGAAGACUAGAUUCCUAGCAUGCGAUCUGAAUGUGAUCCGGACCCCAAGUUGAUUGGUGUGUAGUUGCCGUGCAUUGGACUGGGGUGGUUAUUGUUAUGCGUCUAUGCAGUCGGUGAUGCCGUGAUUGAGCAGCGGAUAUCUCAUGCACACAAUGGUAGGGGUCGCUGUGGCA